AUGAAUUCUCAUCGAUCUGCUGACUCUGCCGAGCGCACUGCGCUGCUCGGUCAUGUUCCCAAUUCAUAUUCAGGUCUUCCAAAUGGCGAUGACCAUCAUCCGCAGAGCCAGUUGAAGGAACGGCCCGUCUGGGUGCGCUGGCCGCAGUUGAUUGUGCGUCUAACAUGGAAGACUCUCAUUCGAGACUACGUCAAUGUGCUUCUCGUCUUUGUCCCAUUGGGCAUGGUGGCCGGUAUCCUGCAGUGGAACUCCACUGCCAUCUUUGUUUUGAACUUCUUUGCCAUUAUCCCGCUCGCUUCCCUUCUGAGCUUCGCUACGGAGGAGUUGGCGGCCACUAUGGGCCAGGCUUUGGGAGGCCUGAUGAAUGCUACAUUCGGCAAUGCUGUGGAAUUGAUCGUCAGUAUCAUUGCCCUCAAGGACAACCAGAUUCGUGUGGUGCAGGCUAGCAUGCUUGGUAGCAUUCUUUCCAAUAUUCUUUUGGUCUUGGGUUGCUGCUUCUUCGUCGGUGGUCUCAGCUAUCAAGAGCAGACUUUCAACAGCACUGUGGCGUCCACUAUGUCGUCUCUCAUGGCGGUGGCUUCGGCAUCUCUCAUUAUCCCCGCCACCCUCUACGCCGCUCUAUCACAGUCCACUAAUAACGAUGCCCAAGCUAACAUCCUCAUCCUGUCCCAUGGUACUUCCGUUAUUUUGCUCAUUCUUUACGUGAUGUAUCUCUACUUCCAGUUGCGAUCUCACGCCACCCUUUUCGAGGAGGACAACGGUGAUGCGGAGAACCUGAAUGGUGAUGAAGUAGAGGUGGAGGAAGCGGAAGAGCGUCUGCUUGAUCCUUGGGCUGCCACCGUGACCUUGAUCAUUGUCACUGUUCAAGUUGCCAUCUGCGCCGACUACCUGGUUGGCAGCAUUGACAGCAUCGUGCAGACGACUGGCAUCAGCAAGACUUUCAUUGGUCUGGUGCUGAUCCCUAUCGUUGGCAACGCUGCUGAACACGUUACCGCCGUGGUCGUCGCCUACAAGAACAAGAUGGAUCUUGCGAUCGGUGUUGCACUAGGAAGUAGCUUGCAGAUAGCGCUCUUUGUCACCCCAUUCCUUGUCAUUCUGGGCUGGAUCUUGGGCAUUGAUAUGACUUUGCACUUCCAAACCUUCGAGACUGUCGCCUUCUUCAUCUCCGGUCUGGUGGUUACCCUGCUCAUCCAAGACGGCAAGAGUAACUACUUAGAAGGCGGUAUGUGCCUGGGUCUGUACAUUAUUCUCGCACUUGCCUUCUUCGUCUACCCUGACGAUGUCACCGAUGGCGUCAAAGAUGGUGUUCUCAACCUUUUCAAAUAA